AUGUCUCGUAACCUGUACGAUCCUCCUUUCCACUACAGCCCACGAAGGCCCUACCCAGCGCGAUACCCGCCGCCGCCCUCGCCGCUUGAGAUUGAGGCAUAUCUCGCGCCGGACUAUUACGUGCGGCCGCCGCACGAACGGGCAUCCUCACCGACCAUGAGCCCCUUAUCGAGUGGUCGACACCGAGAUGACAAUUCCGGAGCCAGGGAACGCGGUCGCCGUCGAGGCGAAAGCAGCGAAGACGAAACUGAGCGCGUUCAGAAAGCCGUGGCAAGCCUCUCGCUCGUUCAGCAGGCUCCGCAAGACCGUGAGGCCGCUGUCCGGUCCCGCCAGUAUCGCCUCAUUCAAAUCAGGCUAUUGCUAGUUCAAGCACAUGACCAGCUUGAAAUUGCACACGAGGUCUACGACGCAGCGUUCCAAAAGUUCCUGGGGCAGGUGGAGAAAAUCAAGGAGUCCGGCCCAGCGACAAGGAAUCAGAUAUGGGUCGACAUGAUAUCGAAGGAUGCAGAGAAAGGCAAGAAGGAGGCGGACAGGGAAAGAUCGCCGCCGCCGCUCAACUUCGAUGCAGUAAUGGCGCAGGUGGAGACAUGUUUGCAGUCACUUGAAGGCGCUCAGAUGAAGAACUCGCCGCCAGCUUCAGGCUUUGACGACAAAUCACCAGACGCCGAGGGCCAAUUCAAGGUGGUCGUUGACGCUGUCAGGGAUAUCGUCGACCUGGCCGCAAAGGCCCCAGAGGAGAAUCUCGUUUGCGAAGAUCUGGUGGAGCGCCUCGAUAGAGCUCGGAGUCUGGCCGAUACCACUUCUAACGUCUGGAGAGCCGUGCUAUCUAAAUUGCCGGCUAGAAGCAUGGGAAGCACAAAGUCCAAAGAUCCAGAUUGGACCGCUAGUAACGAAGGGCAACAGUCGGGAUCUUAG